AUGGCUCUGCAUCCCUUGCCCCUGGUUCCUGUCCCUUGCACACCUCUACUGGUGGCCGCUUGCGCCCCUCCAUCUUUUGGGGAGCUGGAUCUGGAGCGGGCUGCCGCCCCCCCCUCCCCUCCGCUCACCUUAAAUACACCGCGCGUCACCGUGGCUAGUUGCUCCUUCGCUGGCAACUGAGCGCUAAGGAGACUGAGAGCUGCUGCAGCAGCAACCUCCGCAGCUCUAGCAGCAGUGGCGACCACCCCGCUUCCUUCCUCGGAAACCCCGACCGCACUCAUUGGGACCGGGUCGUCCUGUCCGGGAGCCAUGUGGCUCCCCACGGCCACUGGCUCCCGGUCAGACUCCGAGUCCGAAGAAGAGGACCUCCCCGUCGGGGAUGAAGUCUGCAAACGCGGCUACCUGAGGAAGCAGAAGCAUGGGCACAGACGUUACUUCGUCCUCAAACUCGAGACCGAAGACGCCCCGGCUCGGCUCGAAUACUACGAAAAUGCCAGGAAGUUCCGGCACAGUGUCCGCGCCGCGGCCGCUGCGGCAGCGGCUGCCGCCUCCGGUGCGCCGAUCCCCGCGCUCAUCCCGCCCAGGCGAGUGUUCAUCCUGCACCAGUGCUUCUCCGUGAGCCAACGAGCUGAUGCCAGGUACCGAUACCUCAUUGCCCUUUUCACCCAGGACGAGUACUUCGCGUUGGUGGCCGAGAACCAGUCGGAACAAGAAAGCUGGUACUCGCUCCUCAGCCGCCUCAUCCUCGAGAGCAAGCGCCGCCGCUGCGGCUUGCCAGGCGCGCAGCCGGACGGAGAGCCGGAUGCCCUGGAAGCAGCAGCGGCGACGGGGCCAUGCUUCUAUAAAGAUGUGUGGCAGGUAGUAAUAAAACCCAGGGGGCUGGGGCACAGAAAAGAGCUGAGCGGCGUGUUCCGGCUGUGUCUUACCGACGAGGAGGUCCUGUUUGUAAGGCUCAAUACCGAAGUGGCCAGUUUGGUCGUCCAGCUCAUGAGCAUUCGUCGCUGUGGUCACUCAGACCAGUACUUCUUCUUGGAAGUUGGCAGGUCCACUACCAUCGGUCCAGGGGAGCUAUGGAUGCAGGUGGAUGACUGUGUGGUGGCCCAAAAUAUGCAUGAGUUGUUUUUGAAGAAGAUGAGAGCCUUGUGCGCAGACGAAUACAGAGCCCGAUGCCGCAGCUACAGCAUCAGUAUCGGCGGCCACCUGUUAACCCUGCUGUCCACUAGGAGGCACCUGGGCCCGCACCAGCUGGAACCCUGCGGCUGGUUCCGAAGAUACCGCUUGGAGCACUUAAGCCACCUCAGGGCUAUCAGUGACAGGGAAGAGAUGCUCUUUAACAGGCGCUUCAAACCCUCUGAGCCUCUACCUCCCUCCAGGCUAGGAAGGGGGCACCUGCCCAGAGCCGGCAGGUCCAGGAGAGCGGUUUCAGUACCACCCAGUUUUUCCCACCGCUUAGCACCUAGCCCCCCGGUACGUGUCUCACACCACGAAGAAGUCUCCAACUCUAGCAACUCUGCAGAAAAAGACAAGGACGCUGAGGAAGGUAACGAAGGUGAUUAUAUGCCCAUGAACAACUGGGGCUCAGGAAAUGGCCGGGGGUCAGGAGGUGGCCAGGGCUCAAGCGGUCAAGGCUCCAGUAGUCAGAGCUCAGGAGGAAACCAGUACUCAGGUGGCAGGCAGGGAUCUGGAGGUGGCCAGGGUUCAGGAGGUCAGGGUGCUGCUGGAGGAAACCAGUAUUCAGGAAAUGGCCAGGGCACAGCAGGUGGCCAUGGCUCAGGUGGAGGCCAGAGGCGUGGAGGUGGCCAUGGCUCAAGUGGUGGCCAGGGACCUGGCGAUGGACGUGGCUCAAGUGGUGGCAAGAACCCAGGAGGGGCCAAGGGCUCAGGAAGUGGGAAAAACUCCGAUGAUGGUGACCAUGGAAAAUCUCUGAAGAAAAAAUCGUACUUUGGUAAAUUCACUCAAAGCAAGCAACAGCAAAUGCUGCCACCGCCACCACCGCCGCCUCCACCCCCAUCAACUGGAGCAACUGGUGGGAAAGGGAAGUCUGGGGGAAGAUUCCGACUUUAUUUUUGUGCAGACAAGGGAGCCACAAAAGAACGCAAAGAAGUCAAAGAGGUGAGAGAUAUGGAGACCCUAGAAGGUGCAACCCGGGCGCCUUAUAGAGCCAGAGCUUUUGAUGAAGACGAGGAUGACCCAUAUGUGCCAAUGAGGCCAGGGGUGGCUGCUCCCCUUGCGUGUUCCAGUGACUAUAUGCUAAUGGCUCCUCAAAAUUCCUCCCCUUCAAAGAAGGGCCACUCUAAGUCACCAUUUGAAGACUCCAGAGGGUACAUGAUGAUGUUUCCCAGAGUGAGCCCACCGCCACCUGCCCCAAGUCCUCCAAAAGCACCUGAUACUAAUAAAGAGGAUGACUCUAAGGACAAUGACAGUGACAGUGACUACAUGUUUAUGGCUCCUGGAGCGGGUGCGAUUCCUAAAAAUCCCCCCAAUCCUCAGGGAGGUUCUUCCUCCAAAAGUUGGAGCUCUUACUUCUCUCUGCCAAGUUCUUUUCACAGUUCUCCCUUGGGACAGAGCGACCAUAGUGAGUACGUUCCAAUGUUGCCUGGGAAAUUCCUGGGGAGGGGUCUAGACAAAGAAACCUCUUUCCCCCCGCGCACCAAAGAUGUGGCUUCGGAGACUGAGUGGUCAUUCUCCAAACCUGGAGAUAGGGGGUCACCUGCAAAGCCUUCAGAUGAUGAGUGCCCAGUGAACAAGGCUGAGGGACUUAACCGACUUUCUUUUAUUGCAGAAGGAAAUAAUAUCAAGGCCAAACCAGUAAAUCCCACACAGGAGCAGAGAGGAGCUGAUAGCUCUCAUGACUAUGUCAACAUUGACUUCAUUAAGAGAGAGCUCCGUGAGCCUGCUCUCUCUGCUCAAGGACUGCCAGAUUCGUGGGGCUUAAUUAUUGACCCCAGACGCACAGGUAUUUCUAGUUACCUGAAUGUUGAAGUCGGGGUGCCCUUUCCAAAUUCAGCAAUCCGUCUCUCAGAUCUUUUACGAGUUCUACCAGGUGCCAGCUCCAUCUCUCUGGCCCGUACUAGGUGGCCCUUUUAUCCUUUUCCAGGCAAUGCUACAGGUAGCAUUGUGGAAGAGGGUGAAUACAUUGAAUUAUUUUUCAACCCAGUCAUGAGACCAAUCGUGCCUUUUGCUGACCGUGCCAUUCGCUAUGAUGCUCUAACCGGUGAAAUGUAUGUAGUCGACCCAUUUUCUGAGUGCUGUAUGGACGUUUCUCUCUUUCCUGGUCGAUAUUCUCAUCCGCCACCUGUAGCUAGGCUGCUGCUGCAGGAGGAAGUGCAGGAGAGAAGACGCCCACAAAGCCGUUCCCAAAGUUUAUUCGCCAACAUCCGAGCCGCGGUCUCUGCUUUCCCUACUGACAUCUUCGACAGAGAUUUUCCCGCCGUUUCGGCCAGGGAUGCUGAUGUAACUGAGGAGCCCCUCUUGGCAGUGAGCCAGGCGUUAGCGGUGGUCUCUGCACUCGCAGCGGCCCCUGGCUUUGGCGUUCUCUUUGGCGGCUUCCAGAGCACUGCCAGAUUUGACUCCGCCUCCUCUCGCUGGUUCCAACCUGUUGCUAAUGCUCUGGGUGCCCAGGUUGUAAGAGAGGUCCGGGACAUUACAGCAGGCUGGAAUCAUGGAGCAGGUAACCAAGCUGCCGGAGGUGAGGACCUGGCGGCCGGUGCAGCCGCUCCCCCAUCUCCACCUCGCCAGCGAAGGGUGCUGAGACCCCCAGAGAGCGAGGAUUCCGAGGACAGCGACGACGAUGACGACGACAUUUACGUGAGAAUGGACUUUGCCAGACGUGACUACAAGAAGUGAUCACUCUCCGAAAAGAGAGUGAUUACCUUGCCACCAAAACCAAACACCUUUUAGAAGAAAAACGACACAGAAUUCAUCUUCAUCUACUCCAGAUCUGCCUAAAGGAAAGAAAAUGCUUCUGUAUAGAAACCAGCCUCUGUUCCUACCAGUCAACUGGACCGUGGCAGCUGAAUGAGCCUGUUCAUGGAGUUCAUUCUCACUACUGCCUCCUGGAUCCAUUGAUUGACUUAAAGAUGUUCACACUGUACAUAGGCUUUAUGUCCUAGCUUCCCUGACCUGUCCCUUUGAAAGGAAUAAGAUGCUGUAAGUUAGUAUCUCAUAACACUUCCCUUUUCCUCUCUAAAAAUGUGUUCAGUUUAUGUAAAUACAGCCAGUACCAACUUUAAUGACAUAUAAUACUUGGAUGAAUUUCAACGUGAACAUCUUUAAACAAUGGCAGAUAAAUAAAUAUGUAUAUAUAUUAAUGAGAAGGUAGGUAUGAUCUGGAAUCUUUUUCUGAUCAAUGCACACUUAAAACAUUUCUUGAUCAAGGAAUUAAUCUGAACUGAACUUCUUCUAACUUGACAAGGCAUUUUCAGUAUUUUAAAGACAUGACUAAAGGGCAAAUUAUCUCAGAUUUUGCCCAUUAACAAUACUGCGACAUUCUAUUGACACUAUCAACUAAAGUGAUGUCUUGACAGAAUAUCUUAAGGGCAGAGCCAAAGAGCAGGUUGUCUACUUGUUCAUGUACAACCUAGCCAUGGUCUGCUAGUGGAUUGGACAUUUCCAAACCUAUUAUUUUGAAACCUACAUUUAUCCCUGAAAAGAGGCAAGCCUCCAUCUCAAAAGACCAUUUCUGCCUCUCUGGAGGCUCCUCCUUCCUACUCUUCAAACUAUCUCCCCCUCUUUCUGGUCUUUCCCCCAGUAGCCAUUGAUCCUCCCAUGCCCAGGACACCUAUAAAGAAAUUUGUUUCCCAUAUCAGAAAUAUCAAUUGAUCAUCUGCCUAAAAUUUAAGCCAAACGGAACCUCUUAUAAGGCUUUUUUUUCCUCCCAGAAAAUAUAAGCCAGUAUAAGAUGUACAAAAUUUAAAAGAAAAAAAUUCAGAGCAAGCUCGCCCCACCCCCAUUUUUGCUUGCCUCUGAUGGAAACUGAAUUAAGAUUUUAGGAACCUGGACCUUUGUGGACCUGACAACAUCAGGUGGUGACAACACAGGAUAGAAACAAAGGUCCUGAAGCUUGCUUAGAGCUUUGUUAUGUGGUGGCGUACAGUUCUUGGCUGUAGUACCAUCACUGGCAAACCUCAAUCAUCUCACAGAUGGGUGUGAGUGUUUGAGCAAGUGUCUGCAAAAGUGUGUGAGUGCUAGUGUGUGUAUGCACACAUUUGUGUGUAUGUGCACCUUUGUGUACCUGUGAACAUGUGAUUACCUGUUGUGUGUAACUCUUUAAAAAAAAAAUUGCUUCGCAUUUAACGUGCAACUUUGAAGUAGUGUAAUAUUUACGUGAAGUUCUUUGCCACUCGGUUCCUAUAUCUUUGAACGUGUGCUUCUAUCUUUGAGCAGGCUUCUAGUACAUGUUGCUGAACUAACUUUCUGAAGAACCGAGUUGAUUUCUAUUGUUUCUUCCUGCCUACCAAGCAAAGGGAUGGGGAGUGCUCCUUUUUCCCUGUGUAAAUUGUGCUGAGAGGAUGUAGCUUCAAUGCCACUCACUUACCCAGUUUCUGGUCAUUGCUGGGGCAUCACUUCCAUCCGUCCCUUCAGGCUCCUCUCUUGGUCCUACCUAGUCAGUAAUGCAGUGUGGCUUUUGUUCAUCGUAACAGUGUACUCUUUAGGCAGCCUUCCUUCAGGGCUUCUGUUACCAUUUUAAUUCAAGUAAGUUGUCAUAAUCGUUCAGAAGUGUAGCAAGAAAAGAUUAUUUGAGGGAAACUGCUGUAUUACUUUGUUCACAUAUUCGGUUUAGGGGCUGCCAAUAGACAGGGUACAGAACGUAGAGCACAGAGGUAGCACAGUUGCUGAAUAAAUGAAUGGAAACCUCAGACACAACAGUACAUACGAUUAGUCACAGGUACAUAUAGUCACAGGUACAGCAUAACAAAUAUGCAGUCUUUGGGAUACAACUUCUUAGUUUACAGAUUUAAUUAAUUUAUUCAGUAUUGUGCUGGAAGAAUAUGGAAUAUGUGUACCAACAUACCACUUACCUUCCAGUGAUGUUUAUGCUGCUGAGAAAAAGAAAUGAUGGAACGAUUUGUGUGUGUGUGACUACUACAUUAGUUUGGUGUCAUACAUAGUUACUUGGUCAGUAAAAACUAAAGCUUACAGUUCCAACAGUUCAUUGCAUUUGCUAUUUCUGCUUCACAGACCUGCUUUGAGUUGCUCUGUGUUUGUCUUCCUUUGUAAAUACUCUUAAGCUUUCUUGUUCGUAGGCAUCUCGUUUGCAGUUUGGGGAGACAACCUUGCAACUCUGUAUAGUGUUUAUAUAUAUAUCUGACUUGCUUUUCCGUAGAGCUACUUGCAAUAAAUGUGUUGGUGU